UGAGGAAAUAGCUUAGUGAUGUCACAGGUGACCAUUUCCUGUGUAACAAUGAACAUUGUGAUGUCAUAACUUAUACCUGCGUUAAUAACAAUCAUCAGAAAUAAUAAGUUUUAUGAAUAAAUAAAGCUAGGAACAAAUAUAUACCAUCAUGACUACAACGAUGGUGAAGCAUCACUGGCAAAGCCACAAUGUCAAACAAAGUGGUUUGGACGACAUGGUCUUGUUGUCUAAGAUAUCUGAAUCAUCUAUCGUGGAUAACUUAAAGAAACGAUAUAUGGAUGACCAGAUAUUUACAUACAUUGGUCCAGUAUUAGUAUCGGUAAAUCCAUUCAAACAAAUGACUUACUUCACUGACAGGGAAGUGGAAUUAUACCAAGGAUCUGCUGCUUAUGAGAACCCCCCCCAUAUAUACGCACUGGCAGAUGAUAUGUACAGAAACAUGAUGAUCGACAUGGAGAACCAGUGUGUUAUCAUUAGUGGGGAAUCUGGUGCUGGAAAAACUGUGGCCGCCAAGUUCAUUAUGUCCUACAUAUCUAAGGUAUCUGGUGGUGGGGACCGCGUCCAACACGUCAAGGAGAUUAUAUUGAAGAGCAACCCCCUGUUGGAGGCGUUCGGAAACGCUAAGACUGUCCGGAACAAUAACAGCAGUAGAUUUGGAAAAUACUUUGAGAUUCAAUUCAGCAGAGGCGGUGAACCAGACGGAGGAAAAAUAUCAAAUUUUCUUCUUGAAAAAUCUCGCGUGGUAUUUCAAAAUCCUAACGAAAGAAAUUUUCAUAUUUUCUAUCAAAUGCUUACGGGUGCUCCCAGUGAGUUAAAAGAACAACUUGGAACAGCAAGUCCUGAUUAUUUUUAUUACUUGAAUCAAAGUGGAUGUUAUAGUGUUGAUGGUACAAAUGAUGCGGAGGAGUUUAGUGAGACGAUGGAAGCAAUGCAAGUUAUUGGUUUAACUCCGGACGAACAACACUACGUGUUACAAAUCACCGCGAGUGUUUUACACAUCGGGAAUAUUAGUUUUAUUGAAAAUGGGAAUUACGCUGCUGUGGAAAACCAAGAUUACCUUGCAUACCCAAGCUAUCUGCUUGGUGUAAGUCAAGAUGCUUUGCGACAGAAACUUACAAGUCGUGUCAUGGACAGUAAAUGGGGAGGGAAGAGUGAAAGUAUUGACGUCACGCUUAAUGUGGAGCAAGCAUCAAGUACUCGUGAUGCGCUUGCAAAAGCUUUGCAUUCCCGAUUGUUUGAUUUCCUCGUACAAUCGGUCAACACUGCAAUACGAAAGGAUUACGACGAGUUUAACAUCGGAGUAUUAGAUAUCUAUGGUUUUGAGAUAUUCCAGCGAAACGGUUUCGAGCAGUUUUGCAUCAACUUUGUAAACGAGAAGCUUCAACAAAUCUUCAUUGAACUUACGCUGAAAGCUGAGCAAGAGGAGUACGUACAGGAGGGUAUAAGGUGGACUCCUAUCGAUUAUUUCAACAACAAGAUCGUUUGUGACCUCAUAGAGAGCCAAGGUGGGUGUUCGCCCGUGGGCGUGAUGUGCGUGCUGGAUGACACGUGUGCGACCAUGCACGCAGUGAACGAGGGCGCCGAUCAAAAGUUUCUCGGCAAAUUGUGCGGGGCCGUGUCAAGCCAUGAACAUUUCCAAAGUUUCAGCGCUGGUUUCAUCAUCCAUCAUUACGCUGGUAAAGUAAGUUACGACGUUGAUAACUUCUGUGAGAAAAACAAAGAUGUCUUAUUCAAAGAUUUGGUUGAAUUGAUGCAACAAAGUGAAUUCGAUUUCAUUCGAAGUCUGUUUCCUGAGAACACGAACACACAGAAACGACCCACCACUGCGUCGUCCAAGAUUAAAACACAAUGUAAUAUACUUGUGUCUACGCUCAUGAAGUGUUCCCCACAUUACAUCCGAUGCAUCAAACCAAACGAAUCCAAGAAACCCCACGAUUGGGAGGAGAGUCGAGUGAAGCAUCAGGUGGAAUAUCUUGGCUUGAAGGAGAAUGUUCGAGUUCGAAGGGCUGGUUUCGCUUACAGACGACCUUUUCAUAAGUUUCUACAAAGAUAUGCCAUCCUCACCCCAGAAACAUGGCCCCGUUGGCAUGGAGAUGAAAGGCAAGGAAUCCAACACUUGAUGUCGUGCGUUAACAUGGACCCGGACCAAUGGCAGUGCGGGAAAACUAAACUGUUCGUUAAGAAUCCAGAAUCCUUGUUUUUAUUGGAAGAAACACGAGAUCGUAAAUAUGACGGAUUCGCGCGAGUUAUACAGAAGGCUUUCCGACAGUUCAACGCACGGAAGAAAUAUCAACAGAUAAAAGAGGAGGCGUGUCAGGUUGUAUUCAACCGCAAGGAGAGGAAACGAAACAGCAUCAACCGCAACUUUGUUGGAGAUUACAUUGGGUUGGAGUCGCACCCCGAGAUCCGACAAUUCGCCGGCAAACGUGAAAGGAUCGAGUUCGCACACGCUGUUACUAAAUAUGACAGGAGGUUUAAGACAACUAAGCGUGACUUGUUACUUUCGGGGAAGUUUUUAUAUUUGAUCGGUCGAGAACUUGUAAAGAAAGGACCGGAGAAAGGAACGCUGAAAGAAGUUUUGAAACGACAAAUUGAGAUCGAACGAAUACAAUCGGUGUCUGUGAGUCCAUACCAAGAUGACUUCUUCAUCAUCCACGUUAACGGGGAUUACGACUCCGUCCUCGAAUCCAUCUUCAAAACCGAGUUCCUUCAUGUUUUGUCCAAGAAAUAUCAAAGCAAAGCGAACAGGAAGCUGGAAAUUAACUUCGAUUGCAGGGUCGAGUUCAGUGUUAAGAAAGAGGGGUGGGGCGGGGGCGGGACCCGUCAUGUCAACUUUACUUCUGGUGCAGGGGAUAUCCCUCAAUUGAAACCAUCGAGCAAAGUACUUGGGGUGUCUAUCGGACCGGGAUUACCCAAGAAUUCAAAACCGGAAGUUCGUAAUUACUCUCGCCCCACCAACCAACGUAGGGGUGGAGGGGGCUACCAACAACAACAACCCAGACAACAACAACCAUCAAGACAACAACAACAACCACGCCAACAACAACAACAACAGCGUCAAGGACCCCUACCCUCGCGACCCGCCCCAAACGCCCCCAAUAAUGGGUACGGUGGUCGAGGCUCCCCUUCACAAGCCCCAUCUCAAAGAGGGGGUUACCCGCGACCACCCUCUGAUGCUUUCCCACCCCCACCCACAGGGGGAUUCCCACCGAACCCAACAGUAUCAUCAUCCUACACCCAGCAAGGCAGGGUAUUCUCAGUAGUGACCCCCCAGCAACAACCACCACAACGUCACCCCCACCCCCGAUCCACCAACCAACCCCAACGAGGGGGUUUAGCAUCGAGGGGGCGACCCAAUACCCGAGCCCCAGGUCCCCCAUCAUCGGGAAGAAGGGGGGUAGCCGACUCCCUACCCAACUUACCUCGUGUGGGUCAACAAGGUCGAGCACGAGCCCCGAGUAUCGAACAGAACAACGAAGUUGCCGAUUUCAUGCGAACCCCGGACGCUGGGGCUGCUGGACUACUACGUCGAUUGUCGCAACAGAAGAGCCAAAGGUCACGACCUGUGCCGGGAGGGAAUCGCCCUAAACCGAGACCCAAACCAAAAGCUUUACCGAAGUGCAAGGCGAUUUAUUCGUACGACGCUCAAGACACCGAUGAAAUAAGUUUCACUGAGGGUGAUAUCAUAGAAAUAUUAAAAGAAGACGCAUCAGGUUGGUGGUCGGGGAGGAUUGGUAACAGAGAAGGUUUAUUUCCUGGAAAUUACGUCGAGAAAAUUUGAAUCAACAUUUGGUUCACGAUGGUGGAUGGAACAAAAUGGUGUAAACUUUUUUAAAGUUUUGUAAAUAUUUCAAAAUUACAAAUAUUUUGCAAAGUUAGCUGAAUUGUUUGUAAGAUCGAGUUUCCGCAACUAUAAGCUAAUUCAGAUAACAAAGAAAUUCAAUUUGUUUUAAUAUGGGUUCACAAAAAUGUCCUCUAUUUUAAAAAUUCUUAUAAGCUUUUCUUGAGCUUCUAGAACAGUUUUCUGGUCCAAGCUGAAGUUGAGUUCUUAUAAUUGUAUCAUUGCCCUGUUUCAUCCGGUGGUACAUUCAUUAUAUUAUAAGUGUGACUGGAUAUUAGGAUCAGAUUUUUAAAAUUAUUCCCACAAAAUAGAAUGAGUUGUUUGUUUGUUUUUUAUGAAUAACAAUAUUGGUGUCAAUGUAAAUAUUGUGUGUUCUCCCUAAAUUCAUAAAAUCGUAAAAGCUUCGUAAUUUUUUUACAUAAACAUGCUCUAUAAAUUCAAAGUAACAGCAUUUAAUUUACUUGGUCUAUCUUGUACAAGCACAACAUAUAAUUGUUUCAUAUUUUAAACAUAUUUUCUUGAAUGAAUUAACAGCUUAUAAUGUUGUAUAUCAAUGAUACACACCGGCCAUAAUUAAGUUUUUUUGUUUUUUUCACAACUUUUCAGUUGUUUUUAUGCUAAUUUUAAAAAACUCUUGAUGGUCCUAGUGUUUUAUUUCCUGAAGAAUAUAAGUUUGUUUGAUACGGGUGAGGCCCAACGUGCGGCACUUCAUGUCACAUGAGACGUGACCUAUUACUCUAACCUACAUAUAGGCAAAACUAUUAAAUUAGUUGUGAUUUAAUUUUUUACUUCAUCGCCUUAAUUUUUAACCGAAGUAAAUCAAUUACUCGACCAAAUUUAGUGCUCUUUGCUGCCCUCUUUGCACUUUAUAUUCAUGCAAUUUAUAUUCUCUUGUUUUUAAAUCAUUCGAAUGACUUUUUGUUAAUCUUAGCGUCGAAUGUACAACAAAUAUAGCAGUUAUUAACCAAGGUAUGAAAUAAACUCGUAAGUUUGUUA